UCUAGUCCGCUAAGGUCUAAUACGUCCACCCACGAAACUCUCAAAUCGCAGAGGCGGCCUUUUCUUUCACGCUUUUUGCCAGCUUCUCCCCUCUUUCAUCCAUCGAAAAAAAAAAUAAAAAGGAAAACCGAAAAGUGACCCAGAGCAAAAAGUUGCACCAAAAUCCAUUUGGAGUCAGUGCCCAAUCACGACGAUCUGUCGAAGUAGAAAACUAAAUCAGGUUGUUGGGAAAGUUGAUACAAUCGUCAGGCACCGAGAGAGACAAAAAAAAAAAAAAAGGAAGAAACUUUGUUUGGCUGAAGAUCUGUUUUUCUUGAAAUUCACAAGUUGGGCGUUGAUCAGGUUCUCUCUGUAUUUUAAGUAUCCCAUCUUAUCUUAAACUCGAGAUCUUGGUAAGAGUUUUGAGCGGUUCUGUUUCGGAUGGGGGCUUGCUGGAGCAAUGGGAUUAAGGCCGUGACUCCUUCUUAUACAGGGUUCAAUUCAAAAACCGUGAGCAGAGAUGGGAAUGAUAUGUGUAGUUCCAGUGGCAAGUUCUCGUCAGCUUCCAUGCCCAUGACUCCUAGGAGUGAGGAUGAGAUCUUGCAGGCCAGCAACAUAAAGAAUUUCGGCUUCAGUGAACUCAAAAUGGCCACAAGGAACUUCCGCCCUGAUAGUGUAUUAGGAGAGGGUGGGUUCGGUUCAGUUUUCAAGGGUUGGAUUGAUGAGCACUCGCUUGCAGCUACCAAGCCUGGGACUGGCCUAGUGAUCGCUGUGAAGAGGCUCAACCAAGAAGGGCUCCAGGGUCACAGGGAAUGGCUGGCAGAGAUAAACUAUCUUGGACAGUUGCAUCAUCCUAAUCUUGUGAAGUUGAUUGGUUACUGCUUAGAGGAUGAGCAUCGGCUUCUGGUAUAUGAGUUCAUGCCUAAGGGCAGCAUGGAAAAUCAUCUAUUUCGAAGGGGUUCUCAUUUCCAGCCACUUUCGUGGAAUGUUCGAAUGAAAGUGGCUCUUGGUGCUGCAAAGGGACUUGCUUUUCUUCACAAUGCUGAAUCACAAGUUAUAUAUCGUGAUUUUAAGACUUCUAACAUCCUGCUUGAUUCGAAUUACAAUGCAAAACUUUCUGAUUUUGGGCUGGCUAGGGAUGGGCCAUCUGGAGAUAAAAGCCAUGUCUCUACUAGGGUUUUGGGAACCUAUGGAUAUGCUGCUCCGGAAUAUCUUGCCACAGGUCAUCUGACUGCCAAAAGUGACGUAUAUAGCUUCGGAGUUGUACUUCUAGAACUGCUAUCCGGGCGUCGAUGUAUAGACAAGAACCGUCCAUCUGGACAACAUAACCUAGUGGACUGGGCAAAACCCUACUUAAACAGUAAACGUAGGAUUUACCAUGUUCUGGAUAACCGUCUUCAGGGCCAGUACUCACUGGAUCGAGCCCAAAAGGUAGCUACCCUUGCACUCCAAUGCCUUGCUGUGGAACCCAAGAACAGGCCAAACAUGAAUGAUGUGGUAGCAGCAUUGGAGGGGCUGCAGGAGACACCAAGAAGCAAGCACAAAGAGCACAAAGAGCAACAUGGAAAUGUUCAUAAACAUUCCAAUGGAGUUCCUCAGUCAUCCAGAAGUCCCGUGGAGGUGGCUUCGAAAUUCAGCAUGUACCCAAGGCCUUCUGCCUCUCUGGCUUAUGCUUAAAAGGAAGGAAAAAUUUUCUGUGCAGCAGAUAUAUCUUCUCUGUUUUGAAGGAUUCUUGGCAGAAAUGAAAGAGUUUCAGGUUUUCGGGCAUGCACUAUAUACCGGUGUUUCUUAAAAGUAGUGUACAGUUUUUGUUCAGUUUUUUUCUCAAAUGUACUUCAGUCAAGCUUUGAAAUGUUUUCUACUAUGGAGUUGAAAGAACGUGUUUAUGAUGAUUGAAAAUUUGAAACCAGGGUUGAGGUAUAAUUAAGUAAAUUUGAGUCAUUAUAUUUUGGUUGGAUUGAA